AUGAAUACCAUCUUUGGACGUAAUAAAGGUCGCUCGCGCGUGCCAACAAACGAGAGCUCUGGGUCUUAUAACUCAUAUGGCCCAUCUGGUCCCUCGAGCCCCUCUUAUCAAUCAGGCUACAGCACCGCUGAAGUCAUAGGAAGCAACACGGGCCCUAGGAUGCAAGUGGGGCCUCCAAUGCCCGUUGCAGCGCCAAGGAGUAGUGCAAUGUCAUAUGUGAGUGCUCACCUUAAGAGGUUCCGCUUCAUCGUUCUUGGGCGCCCUCUGUGGUAAGGCCAGCUCCACGACGACGCAUCCCCAACUGAUUCACUCACCUCCACCCCUUUGUGGCCCUACUCAACAGCUGCAAUCAGAUCCAAUGGCCGGGAGCUCCCAGCGAUCGAGAUCAAGUCGGGGGGAUCCAGACGACUUUGGCACGCACUCGAGCGGCUCCUCGCCCAGCUCCUUGCACAAGCGCACUCCGUCGGGCGCUUCUGGCGGCAGCUCUCGAUAUACAGGCCCUCCUGUUUCCGACUACGGCACCAGAUCCUCCAGACUGACAUCAUCCACCACAUCCAGCUCGGCGCAUCUGGGAACACAUGACAUCUUGAAUCGCAUGUCGAUAGCUAGUGCAGCGUCAGCUUCGAUAGGGCAGCCAAUCUUCAGCUCAGAACACCACCACACCCACAUCCCUGCCAUGCCACCCACUUCUCGCUCGCAUUCGAGCGUGUCCUCCCAGAGGGGUGCUGGUGGCUCAGGUCCUGCGCCAGGCUCGCUGACUGCGUCCGAAUUUUAUUUUGCGCGUCCAGACGACGCCGAGGUGGAGCGUCUCUUUGCGGAUCUGAUGGACAAGCGAGAUUUUCUCAAUGUACCUGGAGGUAAUCUUACUGACGAGCUGAAGGAGCAAGCGCGGCGGAACAUGCUCAGCUUUGCGCCGGACAAGAAGUGGCAGCUCGUCUACAACGACAGGCUGACAGAGUGGCAUGGCGAACGGGAAAGGGAGAGAAAUCGCAGGCACGCUGGCUCUGGCGCGUAUGGAGGUCCGGGAGGCGCGAGUGCCUCAAUGGGCAUCGCUCGCAACACUCCAGAAUGGUUCAUCAAGAAGUUUAUGGACGGGACUGUGACGACAAAGCACAUCGAAAGCCUGGCCGUCACUCUACGAACGUGCGCCAUCGGGUGGAUCCAGGGCUUUGUAGAAGCUAAGGGAACUCCAGUACUUGCUAGCUUCCUCAAUGGCUUGCAUUCCAAGGGCGUCAAGUCGGAUACCGAUUUGGCCCUAGAAUACGAGGUGCUCAAGGCCUUUAGAAGUCUCUUCAACUCGAAGCCGGGCGCAAAUGAUGCGCUUGCUCAACCAAAGUGCAUCAACGGCAUCGCACACUCAAUGGUCUCUGCUCACUUGGCGACUCGCAAGCAAGCUGCAGACAUUCUGCUUUUCUUGUGCCACUGGGACAAGCCCACAGGUCAUCGUCUCGUGCUACGAGGUUUCGACGAACUCAAGGCCUUCAACUCGGAUCACGGUCGCUUUGACGCCUGGUUCCGGGUCCUAGAGCAGACCAUCGAUGGCAGAGGGACUUUGGGAAGUCGCGUAGGAGCCAGCGAAGAGAUCAAGAAGCUUAGUCUUGCCGGUCCCAACGGCGCCGCUUUGGACUCCUCGCUCAACGAGUAUGCCAUCAACAACAUGUUCCUGAUCAAUGCAAUACUGAAGGAGGAGAUUGUACCCGAGUUCGAGGUGCGCGUGCACCUGCGCAACCAGAUGGAUGCGAGCGGCCUGCAACGCAUCUUGAUCAAGAUGAGAGCUUUCAAGAAUCCAGACCUGGAUAGUCAGAUCGGCCAGUACGAGAAAGGCGCAGAGGCGGAUCACGAUGACGUUGUAGAGAACUGGAAUAAGGAUGUGCUGACGGAUAUGUCGGACCCCGUGGACGUCUUCAAGGCUGUGGUGGAGAAGAUAUCCGGCUCGAGAGCAUACGACUUUUUCCUUUCGGCGCUACAACACUUGCUUUUGAUCAGGCAAGAGGGAGACGGCCUGGUACACCAUUAUCAGCUCAUUGACUCUAUGAUAACGUCGGUAGUGAUGGACAGGAAUGGAGCAGUCGAGAGCAACGACGUCAGCUCGCUGCUCGGCACCAGCGUCAAUUCGAUACUUGCGCGCUUUGCUGAUCAAGAGCAGCAAGCCACAAUGCAAGCGGAGCUCGCGCGGACGAAGGCGCGAUUGCGGGAGCAAGAAGAAGAACGGCGUCGCUUGGAGUCACAGCUCAAUCAAGGCAGCCAAGGUCUGAUUGGCGAGCUUCAGCGUCGCAUCGAGAUCCUUGAGGAGGAUCUUGCACUUGCGCGAGGCAACACGUCGGCCGCUCAGAAUGAGAUGGAGGACAUGGAGAAGGCAUACGUCGAUAGAGUGGUAGCCCUUGAGAUCCAGAUUCGAGAGCUAUACGACAUGCUUCGAGAAGCACAGAUGGAGGGUGGCGUAGCUGAUCCUGCGGACAAUCCUGGCAGUCUGGAUCGUAAGCACCUAGUCGAGACGCUCGAGAAGCAACUUGAAAGAAAUCGAACUAUCAAGAAGCUCGAAGCAAACGCUCGCAAGAAGCCGCUCUCCACUGCCGGCGCACCGCCCUUGCCCGAGACACGUGAAGCUGAGGAAGCUGCUACUGCCCUGCAAGAAGAGGAUCGCAAAUCUCGUCAGCGGAUUUCUCGAAGCGUGCGGCGCCAAUCUCGCGCCAACAGUCGCAGUGCCGCGGCCGCUGCCCUCGAGGAAGCUCCAGGAGAGGCUACUGAAUCGGCGUUGGGCCAGAGCAGCGACGAGGACCUCGACCCGCAGAGCGACGCCGCGAAGUGGAAGAUCCAAGCUACUCUCGCCGCUGGAAUGGCCCGCAACACCGAGUUGCAGGGCCGGAUGGCGGAUGCCCGAGCCACGCGACGCAGGCGAGGCACGGGCCAAGCCAGUGACUUGAUCGUGCCGGAACAAUUGCUGCCCGAGCACCCUGCUUCGUCGCCUCCGACCUCUGCAGCUACCGUCACGGAUCAUGCACCGCGCGAAGAUGCAAGCUUCCCAGCGCCUCCUGCGCCUCCUCCCCCCCCUGCCGUCACGAGCGAUGGCCCAUCACUUUUGGAUGAAAUCAGAAGGAGAAAGGGCACUCCGAAUCGGACUGCUGCCACUCCAGCGCAGGAGCUCGCUGCUUCGCCAAUGCCUGCUCAUGCGCAGCCUGUUUUGAGCGACAUGGGACCGCCUGCGGUCCCAGCUUCUGCAAUUGGGCCACCUCCGCCUGCUCCACCCCCUCCGCCGCCGCCGCCGCCGCCGCCACCCGCACCUGGUAUGCUGGUCCCUCCCGCAUCGAGAGGCCAAGUAGGACAAGCACCACCGCCCCCGCCUCCACCGCCUUUGCCAAGCCCGGCACAGCUGGCAGCCAUUCCGGCCACUCCACCUCCACCUCCGCCACCGCCUCCUUCCGCCUCUGUGCUCGGCACGCCAGUGUCCGCGUCGUUCGCGACCGAUCCCGCUCGAGACUCGCUCCUCGAUGUGCGAGCAAGUUAUGCAGGGUCUGGACUCGUUGGUCCCGCUCAUGCACCGCCAGCGCCUCCCCUGCCUGGAGGACUCUACGCUAAUGCGGCACAUCGCAAGGAAGUGAUGGAGAUGGCCAGAACACGUAUGAAGCAGUUGCAGUGGGACAAGCUUAAUCCGCAGCAUGCCGCAGAGACUGUCUGGGGUACCACCAAUCAUUCAGACGAGGCCAAGCUGACUGAAAUGUUGCGCGAGCAGGGACUCUUCGAAGAGAUGGAGGAGGACUUCAAGGCCAAACAGAUCGCGAGGCGUGCCACUCAGCAGAAUGGAGCUGCAAAGAAGGACAAAAUGGAGUUCAAGACGCAUCUCAGUCUUCAGACACGGCAGGGUAUCGAGAUGGUGCUUCGACGCAUCAAGAGCAGCCUCACUGGUGCCAAGCAUGCGACACCCGAGGAAGUUGCUCACCACAUUGUCAAUUGCGACGAAGCGGUGCUGGACGAGAGCUUCUUGACCGAACUCUUGAGGCACUAUCCCGAAAGCGAGACCAAGGGACAACUUGGCGAGUACCGAAAUGCGUCUGAUGAGGACCUCAGACUUUUGCAUCCCGCCGAUCGUCUUGUCGUCCUAUUGAUGACGGUCCCUCAUUUGAAGGAGAAGGUGAAAGGUCUCCUCUUCAUGACGCGAUACCGCGAGGUGUUUGAUCUCAUCAAGGAGGGGUCCACACGCAUACGUGACGCAUCGGAAACGCUGGUGCACGCCACGAACUUUGCGCGUCUCCUGACACUCAUCCUGAUGAUGGGUAAUUACCUCAACGCGAACGGUGUGCAAGGAGGGGCGUUCGGCUUCAAAAUAUCGAGCAUCAACAAGCUUGUGGACACAAAAGCCAGCGACGGGACGACGCUUCUGCACUUUGUGGAGCGGACCAUCAACAAGUGUUUCCCAGAAGUAGAGUCAUUCCUCGAGGAGCUCGACAAACCCUCUGAGGCUUGUAGAGGUGAGUGUCGGCUCAUGUUGAGUGCCUUUGGCCGUGUGAGACUCAUAAACGUCCUUUGAACUUUAGUGCAACUGCUUGACCUAAAACGAGACCUCGCGGAGCUCAAGUCGGGCAGUCUUCAGCACAAAAAGGAGCUCGAUCGCUUUCUGGACGAAGCGGAGGAGCGCAUCGAAGACCCGUAUACCAAGCUCAUGCUGCCAUUCCUCAACGAGGCUCAUCAGCAUUUGCAGCGCCUCUCCGAUCAAGUCACGAUGACAGAGCGAACGUAUGGAGAUGCACUGAAGUACUUUGGAGAAGGUCCCGAUCCUCGCCGGCGAGGUUUCCCGGCCCAGCAACCAAUGCGUACAGAAGACUUCUUUGGCAUCUUCCGAGAAUUUUGCACAGCUUAUCGCAAGGUCAAGGCUGACAAUGUCAGAAUCGGCGAGCAGAGAGCCAUGGAAGCCAAGCGUAGAGCAGCGGCAGAAGAACGCGAAAAGGAGAGGCAAGAAGCUCUUGCGCGCAAGGAAGCAGGGGUGGAUGAUAGCGCCGUCUUGGAGACGUUACUUGGCACUCUGCGCUCUGGUGGCAUGCAACCCAAGCAGAAGCGUAAAGCUAGAGCUCGACGAUCUGCGGCCAAAGAAGGCUCGCCAUCGACUCCUACUGCGAUCGAAGGCAAUCCGUCGGAUAUCGCAGCAGCCAUGCUCGCCAGGCUACAAGGAGACGCUGGUGGAGCUCCGUCACCUACUAGCACUUCCUCUGCUAGCCGCUUGGUGCGCAGAAGGGACAGGCGAGGUGCUAAUCGCAGCUCUGAUCAGCUCAAAGAUGCAUCGAGCCCCGUCCUACAGCAAGCCACUGAUCUGGCAAGUCCCGGGGAAGCGCCAACGGUCGAUGUGCCAGAACUUGAAGAACAACCUGAUCAGGAUCACGGAUUGGUGGAGUCUGCGGAGGCCUCGCCUACCACAGAGUACGCUUCUGGGGAAGACGAAGAGGAAACGGUUGGCACAGAGGAGCAAGUGCAGCCUGCCGAGAUAUUGUCUGAUGACGCAGCGAUUGAAGCCGAUAUGUCGACUGGCAGCGCUGGACAGUUGGCAGGGCUUGAUUGGGUCGACCCAGACGUGAGCGGAUUCAGCACCACCUCUGCGCCUCGAGCUUCGACACCGGAUCAGACAGUCAGGCCUUGA